AUGUCCAGAAUUGCAGAGAUUGUGGGUAAGUUAGCUAUCCCCGUAGGGCUUGCUAUCACUGUUGGUCAACUGUCCCUAUAUGAUGUUAAAGGUGGUAUGAGAGCAGUUAUAUUCGACCGUAUAAGUGGUGUUAGGCCAAAUAUUUCAGGAGAAGGAACCCAUUUCUUGAUUCCAUGGCUCCAGAAGGCAGUUAUAUUUGACACUAGAAUAAGGCCUAAGAAUAUCGCAACAACUACUGGUUCGAAGGAUUUACAAAUGGUCAAUUUGACCCUUCGGGUUUUACACAGACCAGAAGUUUUAGAAUUACCAAAAAUUUACCAAGAACUUGGUUUCGACUACGAUGAGAGAGUUUUACCAUCUAUUGGUAAUGAAGUUUUGAAAGCUGUUGUUGCUCAAUUCAACGCUUCCGAGUUAUUAACUCAAAGAGAGCUCGUCUCUCAAAAAAUUAGCCAGGAACUUGGCAGACGUGCACAGGAAUUCCACAUUAGACUUGAAGAUGUUGCAAUUACCCACCUGUCAUUUGGUGCUGAGUUUACAAAAUCCGUUGAACAGAAGCAGAUUGCGUACCAAGAGGCUGAGAGAGCCAAGUAUGUUGUGGAACAGGCCAAGCAAGAGAGAAGGGCAGCAAUUAUCCGUGCGGAGGGUGAAGCUGAGGCUGCAGAUCAUAUUUCCAAAGCAUUGUCUAAGGCUGGUGACGGUCUUUUGAUGAUCAGAAGAUUAGAAGCCUCCAAGGAUAUUGCCAAGACACUAGCCACAUCUCCAAACGUUACGUAUCUCCCAUCACAUGGUAACUCUCAGGAUACAAGUUCUGGAGCUCCAAACUCCCUACUUCUGAAUCUUGGAAGGUAA